AUGACAACCGGUACUUCGGAUGAAGCUGAUGCCUCAAGCUUCACUUCACCCGUUACCCCUCACUCUGAUUUGGAGCCUGAGCAAUUCUCUCGUCUUGCCAACCAGUCGCUCAAUUAUCGACAUCAGUACGAGCCAGACUAUUCUAUAGACCCUUGUCUCCGCUCCGAUUCACAGGAGGAUGUCUCUUCGAAGAAGCGAAAGAUCGAGGCGCUGACCACUUACCCGGAGGCUUCUACACUGUCUCUCUCUCCUCAUGUCCAUAUCGAAGACCGUGGCCGCUCUCGGUUUAGUUCACGAUCACCUGUAAUGGCACAAAAGUCGAAACGUUUGGAUGAGUCAUGUGCAACUUCAAGUCAACUGCCAGUGAAUAGACAAUCUCAAGUUCUUCAAAGGUUAAAGCAGAUUCAACGCUCCAGGAUCCCAACCAUGCAUAAUCCCACAGCAAGCACACGUCCCAGUUCCAUGGCGCCACCCCCAUCUGGGCGUCCAACUUCAUCGUCUAAGCCAGCUUCGUAUUCGAAACUACCCGCCCCCUCAGCACCUCGCUCUGCUCCUCCAUCCCAUCCACCAGUAGCUGCAGUGACAGGUCGCACUACCACACCCAAGCCAGUCCCUUCCUCACGUCCCUUCCUCACAGAGAAAGGCCUCGCCUCAAAGGCUUCAAAGUCGAAGCCGACAAAUAGUAACCUGAUGCAGCCUAUCUGGUUUGCGACACCCCGCAAUGCAAAUUCUGCAAAAUCUGCACAGCGUAUGGCUGCGGCUUCACAUACUCCCCCUGCUCAUGAGGAUGACACUGAUGAUGACUUGCUCGAGUCACGUACCCUACUUCAACCGGCAAAGGGACCGAGCCAGAAGGAACGAGCCUCUGCUCAUUCGAAAACUCAGCUCCAAGCAAGUCGCCAACACAAUUAUAUUGAGAGCUCGCAGACAGAGAUCCUAAGACUUCGCAAAGAGCAGGCCAGGCUCUCAGAUCACCAUGCUGCAAUGACAACGCGGCUCGAGGGGGAGAUUGAAAGCCUCAUCAAGCGGAUCGAGGCCCUUGAGAUAUGUGAACCAGCGGCACUUGUUGCCACUGGUGUUCGGAACAAUGCAAUGAAUAGUGCAAUCCGUCAAGUGCUGUUCAAGAUGAUGGGUAUCGAGUUUAAUGAAGCUCUUCCUGAUUCUCUCGAUGGGAAGGAUAAUUACUGGACAGAGAUAGAUUUCCUUGAUAUCGACGGCACGACUACUAUGGCGACGCGUGUUCUUCGACCGAAAUGGCCCGACUCAUGGACCAAUAAUUCAAAAUGGCAUAAGUCAUUCUUUGAGCGGUUCCGCCGAGAUGCAAGCAACUACGAGCCCACGCUCUCACAAGACACCAUCAAAGAGAUACCCGACAAGACACUACGGAGUGUUGCUGGUAAGGUGUUCAAGACAUUGAAGGAGAGCUACAAGGAGGGAAACAGGCCGAUUGGACUUCAGUCUCUGAAUGUUGCCAUCGCUUGCCGUGAGAAGCGCCAGAUUGAUAAAUCUAAACUCGCUAUCGAGGCUCGCAAAAAUCUUCCAGACCUCAAGGACCAGCAGUACGACUUUGCAUUCACAUCAAAAUGGCAGUCAACGGAUUAUAGCGCCUCCGAUGCUUCGCACCAGAGUUCAAGUGACGAGGUCGACAUUGUUGUUAACAAGAGACGCAAAGCUUACAAGAAGCCAAAGAAGGAGGACAUCUUCACGACCCAUCCUCCAGCAUGGCGCUCAAAAGACUAUCGUAAUCUUUCUCAGCUUAUCAAGGACAAAGUCGAACAGAUUGUUGCAGAACGGGACGCGGACAAGAAGAACUGGAUGAAGAAACGAGUGCUGCGACAACAAGGACAACCUCGGCCAGCAGACUCUUUGCCACAGCACAACACCCUCAAGACGCCACGAUGGGCAGUCUCGACACGAUGGCUCAAGAGCCUGAUGCAAGAAGACCGUGAACGGCAGGAGGCACUUAUGACUGAUGAUCAUGAUGCAGACAUGUCAUACUCCGAAACCUCAUCAUCCAAGUCAGGUUAA